CGCCGCCGCUGCCAGCGAAGGUGCAGGGGCGCCGGGCCCUCCCCGCCCGCGGCCGUCAGCGCUCGGAGCGGGCUGCGCGGCGGGAGCUCCAGGAGGCGGCAGCCGCCAGCGCCGCCGCGCAGGAGCAGGAGGAGGAGAAAGGGUGCGCAGCCCGGAGGCGGGGUGCGCCGGUGGGGUGCAGCGGAAGAGGGGGUCCAGGGGGGAGAACUUCGUAGCAGUCAUCCUUUUUAGGAAAAGAGGGAAAAAAUAAAACCCUCCCCCACCACCUCCUUCUCCCCACCCCUCGCAGCACCACACACAGCGCGGGCUUCUAGUGCUCGGCACCGGCGGGCCAGGCGAGUCCUGCCUUCAUUUAUCCAGCAGCUUUUCGGAAAACGCAUUUGCUGUUCGGAGUUUAAUCAGAAGAGGAUUCCUGCCCCCGUUCCCGGCUCCUUCGGCGUCCCCCCUCCCCUGUCUCUCUCCUGGGGAGGCGUGAAGCGGUCCCGUGGAUAGAGAUUCAUGCCUGUGCCCGCGCGUGUGUGCGCGCGUGUAAAUUGCCGAGAAGGGGAAAACAUCACAGGACUUCUGCGAAUACUGGACUGAAAAUUGUAAUUCAUCUGCCGCCGCCGCUGCCUUUUUUUCUCGAGCUCUUGAGAUCUCCGGUUGGGAUUCCUGCGGAUUGACAUUUCUGUGAAGCAGAAGUCUGGGAAUCGAUCUGGAAAUCCUCCUCAUUUUUACUCCCUCUCCCCCUCGACUCCUGAUUCAUUGGGAAGUUUCAAAGCAGCUAUAACAGAAGAGUGCUGAGGAUUGAUGGGAUCGUUGCCUUAUGCAUUUGUUUUGGUUUUACAAAAAAGGAAACUUGACAGAGGAUCAUGCUGUUCUUAAAAAAUACAACAUCACGGAGGAAGUAGACUGAUAUUAACAAUACUUACUAAUAAUAACGUGCCUCAUGAAAUAAAGACCCGAAAGGAAUUGAAAUAAAAAUUUCCUGCAUCUCAUGCCAAGGGGGAAACACCAGAAUCAAGUGUUCCGCGUGACUGAAGACACCCCCUCGUCCAAGAAUGCAAAGCACAUCCAAUAAAAUAGCUGGAUUAUAACUCCUCUUCUUUCUUUGGGGGCCGUGGGGUGGGAGCUGGGGCGAGAGGUGCCGUUGGCCCCCGCUGCAUUUCCUCUGGGAAGGAUGGCGCACGCUGGGAGAACAGGGUACGAUAACCGGGAGAUAGUGAUGAAGUACAUCCACUAUAAGCUGUCGCAGAGGGGCUACGAGUGGGAUGCGGGAGAUGUGGGCGCCGCGACCCCUGGGGCCGCCCCCGCACCGGGCAUCUUCUCCUCCCAGCCCGGGCACACGCCCCAUCCCGCCGCGUCCCGGGACCCGGUCGCCAGGACCUCGCCGCUGCCGACCCCGGCUGCCCCCGCCGCCGCCGCGGGGCCUGCGCUCAGCCCGGUGCCACCUGUGGUCCACCUGACCCUCCGCCAGGCCGGUGACGACUUCUCCCGCCGCUACCGCCGCGACUUCGCCGAGAUGUCCAGCCAGCUGCACCUGACGCCCUUCACCGCGCGGGGACGCUUUGCCACGGUGGUGGAGGAGCUCUUCAGGGACGGGGUGAACUGGGGGAGGAUUGUGGCCUUCUUUGAGUUCGGUGGGGUCAUGUGUGUGGAGAGCGUCAACCGGGAGAUGUCGCCCCUGGUGGACAACAUCGCCCUGUGGAUGACUGAGUACCUGAACCGGCACCUGCACACUUGGAUCCAGGAUAACGGAGGCUGGAAGAAAUCUGUAGAACUGUUUCAUCACAACCUGUGGAUGGCUGACGUAGUUUGAAGAUCCACACCUCGGAGUAACCCAUCUCAGAAAAUGUCAGCCGGGGUGCCCACUGGUACAUUGUUUGUUGUAUAUUUUCUCAUACCGCGAAAAGGACUAGUUGAAUUUGUUCCAAACCAAGCAAUUGACCUAGGACUUUGCAUCCUGUUUGUGUCGACCACAAUUCAAAUCCAACUCCUUUUUAAAAUUGUAUUUUAUAUGAAAGGUGACCUGAUAGCAAGGCAAGAGUAAUGACAGCCGAGGCACUCUCAAAUGAGGCCAGGGUGGCAGGCUGGGACAUCUUGUUUUCAUCAAAUUCUCGUAGUUACUCUUGACUUUUCUGUGUGUUUGCUGAGCUUUUGAGACUCUGUUGUGCUCUUUCUAGCUGGAUAUUUUCCAGAGGGUUAUCAAGAAAAAGGAGUAUCUUCUGCAUUAAUAACCUUGGGAAGGAUUUUAGCAGUAAAAUUAGAGACCAGAUGAUCUGCUGGACAGCAGGAUGGGGGAAUAUUUCUUCCCCUUUCCCAGGAGAGUGUCAAGUUCAGCAUGACCUAGCACCGGACCCUUCACUCAAUAACUCUGAGAUCUUACCAUAUCAAGUUAUCUCAGUCAUGAUGAUGUAAAUGGCAAAACUACUACCCUUAUUUCUUGGGAUGAGAAUUUUUCCUUUUAAAGGAAUACAAUAUACAAAAUAGGUGACCAUGAAAUAUACUUGAUGGGACAGCUAAUUUCCAUGCGUGCUUUGUGGUUUGUUUUUAAGUGAAUUUAUUGCUGUAGAGUUCCAAAACAACCCUUUAACAUUUAUGUUUUCUGUACUUUGUCUCAUUAUUGAAAAUAACAAGUGCUAUGUAAAAUCAUAAAGAAUAUACUGAGGUUUACAGCAAGGAUAAUCACCAAAGAUCAGGAGUUAGAAAGCUAUGGCCCGUGGGCCAAAUCUUGCUCACCUCGUGCUUUUGUAAAUAAAGUUUUAUUGGAACAUAGCCAUGCCCAUUUGCUAUGUAUUGUCUAUGUCUGCUUUCACACUGCAACAUCAGAGUUGAGUAAUUAUGAUAGAGACCAUAUGGCUUAAGAUAUUUACUAUCUGGUUUUUCACUGAAAACAUUUUCCAACCCGUGCUAUAGACAUUUUCAUGGUAUUUAUUUACUGACUCAUUUGUUCAUUCUUUUAAUGGACACCAACCCUGUUAAUGACACUGGGGAAUGUAAAGAUAAGUACAUCAGUCUCUAAUUUCCAAGAACUUAUAAUGUCUAACAGAGACAAGUUAUGUACUCAAAUAACAGAGACAAGUCAUGUAUUCAUCUUUACAUCUGACCAGGCAGAAUACAGCACAUACUACAGAUGUGAAAUAGCUAAAUUGUUGUGGUAGUUCAGAGAUGAUGAGAGCCUCCGACAAAGGCAGGGAAUUGGGAAAUGCACGAAGAUAUUGCUUCCGUAACUGUGGCACACAGUGAUUUCCCAAUAGGGAACUUCAUGAGAAAUCAGGCUAAUUUCCUUUAUGGAAUUUUAUAAAUUGUAGUAUCCAAAGAGUGGAAGUGAUUUAGGAUAUUACUUUGUGUCCAGAUUCCUUUAUCUAGAAGCAUACUUCCCCUGUAACUAUGGGGAUGAUCAUAUUUACAGAAAAUUUUUGAAGAUUUGAAGGAAAGCUUCCUUUUUCAGGGUGGGAAGACAGAAGGAAUUCCUUUUCUUUUUUACUGAUUUUUCACUUCACAGUGUAACAUUAAAUGCUAUGGGUCUUAAAGAAAGGCUCUUGUGGGAAACCCUCAAAUAUCAAGUGGACUAUAAAAACAAGAUAGGCUGGGUGCAGUGGCUCACAGCAGUAAUCCCAGCACUUUGGGAGGCCAAGUUGGAUGCAUCAC